CCCCCCGGAUCUCACCCUGACCCAGUCCCCCCGACCUUGAUCCAGUCCCCCCCCGACUCUCGUCUCUCUCUCGCCGACUCGCCGCGCGACCUCACCCUGACCCAGUAACCACCCCCGCAGGCAGCGGUCGACACGGGUAACUUCUGUAUCAGGUAAUUGAGGAUGGAAGCAGCGAAAAGUCAAGCUGAAAUACAGUCUCCACCUGCUGCUACAACCCCACCCAUCACUCCAUGUCGAAAGAAGAAGAAUGAAGAAGCUACUUUCUUGGAGGAUUUUAAGGACCAUAUUGAUGAGUUCAUCCAUGCAUCUAUGGAUGAACACAAAAGUUGCUUCAAGAAGACCAUACAGAAGAUGUUUGGAAUGUCAAAGAUUGUUGCAGAAAGGAAUACUCACACUAAUGGAAUUGAAGUCUCUCUGCCACUCCAAACAACGGUAUCGAAGUAGAAUGUGUCCCCUCCUUUUCGAGGCAGCUUGAUAUCUAGAUUUGGAAAAAUGAUCGAUUUCAAUAAUAUAAAAUAUACUGCUUGGUAGAAUUUUAACUCCAGCGGUACUGCUUGGAAGGUAUGAGUAAGUUCGUAGAACUCUUAAAAUUGGUUUUCAGAAUAAGGGAUUUAUCUGUUGAUAUGGCUAUGUUUUCUAGUUUUGCUAGUAUGGUCCUGCUCGGGAAAGCACAUAAUAAACUUUUGUCCUGAGCAAGCAUAACUUGUUUGUGGUCGGAUUUAUCCAUCUUGGCUUUUGCAAUGCCUACUUUUUUGGAAAUCAAAUAAACUUGAUGUGUCAUUCCUUCAUUAUAUAUAUAUGUUGCUCCUUUAGCUCC